AUGAAAGGGGGAAGCCAUGCAACCAUUUUGCAAGAAUUGAGAACUGGCUAUGAAUCGGACUUUACGAACUAUAUGCGGAUGGACCCAAAUACCUUCUACGAUUUAUUGGAAAAGUUAAAACCUUUUAUAACAAAGCAGGACACCUGUAUGAGGGAGAGCAUUUCACCUGCAGCACGUCUGGAAGCAACGUUGAGGUACCUUUCCACCGGGUGCUCCUACAGUUCACUUCAAUACAGCACAAGGAUUUCAAAACAGAGUCUGUCUGCAAUCAUUCCUGAUAUGUGCCAAACCAUCUAUGAUGUGCUUAAGGAUCCAUACUUAAAGACACCCCAAACAGCGGAGGAGUGGAAGCGUGUAGCACAGGGAUUUUCCAAGAAAUGGAACUUUCCUAAUUGCAUCGGAGCAGUUGACGGGAAGCACAUCCUGAUAAGGCCACCACCUGAUAGCGGCUCCUUCUACUACAACUACAAAGGAAGCCACAGCAUAGUGUUAAUGGCUGUCUCCAAUGCAGACUCAAACUUCAUAUAUGUUGACGUGGGCACUAAUGGAAGAGUGUCGGAUGGUGGAGUGUGGGGUAACUGUUCUCUCAACCAGCGUAUUGAAGCAGGAUCUGCCGGUAUGCCAGAUGAUGAGGUACUCCCAAACAGCUCAAAAAUAUUACCAUAUGUGAUCGUUGCUGAUGAUGCAUUUCCUCUGAAGCGUCAUAUCAUGAAGCCUUUCUCUCAUCAAAAUCAAAACCUUGAGCAACGUGUGUUUUCCUACCGACUGUCAAGAGCUCGACGCACCGUAGAAAACGCAUUCGGAAUACUUGCUAAAAGAUUUGAAGUGUUUCAUAAAGCCAUUAACCUUGAACCAAAAAAAGUAGAGAAAAUAGUUCUUGCUUGCACUGCACUACAUAAUUACCUUCGCAAAGCACCUAUCACCCCAACUUUGUGUUCUGAUGCAAAUAUAGAAAACGCUGAUGAAAUCCUUGGCAUGCUACCGCUCGAGUAUGAAGAACACACCACCAUCAACGGCACAAUUGUACGCAAUCUGUAUAUGAAAUAUUUCAAUGAGGAAGGUACUGUGAUCUGGCAAAACAGACAUACAUGAGGCUAAGUUACAAUAACUCGGGAGUAAAAUUAUAAUAGUAAUGUAUCAUAAAAAUCACCAAUGUUGCAUAUUGAACAUAUUUUACAUUGCUUUGUUGACAAAAUGUAUUAUAAAGGUAGAUUGUGGCAAUAAAGAAUGUAUGGCCAUUG